AUGGGGAAGAAGGAUUCUCGAUCAUUGAUAACCCUGUGUAGCUUUAUUUGUUGGUAUUUAUGGUUAUCGCGUAAUGAUCUUGUGUUUGGGUGUAAGAUAUGGCAACCUUGUGAUGUGAUUUCAGCUGUAGUUAAUGUAUUUCAGGAGUUUGCUUCCGUUCAUUCUGUUACUGUUCUUAGUCCUCCAUCCACUUCAUCAAUACUACAACGAUGGAUAGCACCAACUGUUGAUUCUGUUAGGUGCAACUGUGAUGCUAGUUUAUCCUUGGAUUCAUGCAAAUCGGGGAUCGAUUUUAUUUGCAGAAGUCACAGUGGACUGCCAUUGUUUGCUGUGUUAGAUCCAGUUUCAUUCUCUGAUAUUUUGGUUGGUGAGGCUAUUGCUGUUCGAAAGGCUAUGUUGGAGAUGAUUGCAAAUGGCUACGUGCGAGUAAUGGUAGAAUCUGAUAAUUCAAAUCUUGUUAUAUACAUCAGAGAUGGUGGAAGGACGUCUCCAUUGAUGAUUCGUGUGAUUAUUGAAGACAUCAUCCAACUAUCUUCUUUCUUUGUAUCUUGCAGUUUCACUUUUCCACGAGAAAUUAACAGCAUGGCUGACUCCUUGGCUAGGAGAGCCUUGUCACUUACAUGCGUGACUAAUUGA